AUGGGUGCCAGGGGCGCUCCUUCACGCCGGAGGCAGGCGGGGCGGCGGCCGCGGUAUCUCCCCACCGGGAGCUUUUCCUUCCUCCUCCUGCUGCUGCUCCUGUGCAUCCAGCUCGGCGGAGGACAGAAGAAAAAGGAGAAUCUUUUAGCCGAGAAAGUAGAACAGCUGAUGGAAUGGAGUUCCAGGCGCUCAGUCUUCCGAAUGAAUGGUGACAAAUUCCGAAAAUUUAUAAAGGCACCACCUCGAAACUAUUCAAUGAUUGUUAUGUUCACUGCUCUUCAACCCCAGCGCCAGUGUUCUGUGUGCAGACUAGCUAAUGAAGAAUAUCAAAUACUGGCUAACUCCUGGCGCUAUUCAUCUGCCUUUUGUAACAAACUCUUCUUCAGUAAAGUGGACUAUGAUGAGGGAACAGACAUUUUUCAACAGCUCAACAUUAACUCCGCUCCUACGUUCAUGCAUUUUCCUCCAAAAGGCAGACCCAAGAGAGCUGAUACUUUUGACCUUCAAAGAAUUGGAUUUGCAGCUGAACAAUUAGCAAAGUGGAUUGCUGACAGAACGGAUGUUCAUAUUCGUGUCUUCAGGCCACCCAACUAUUCUGGCACCAUUGCUUUGGCCUUGUUGGUGUCACUUGUGGGUGGUUUGCUCUAUUUAAGAAGGAACAACUUGGAGUUCAUCUAUAACAAGACUGGUUGGGCCAUGGUGUCUCUGUGUAUAGUCUUUGCUAUGACUUCUGGCCAGAUGUGGAAUCACAUCCGUGGACCACCAUAUGCUCAUAAAAACCCACACAAUGGACAAGUGAGCUACAUUCAUGGGAGCAGCCAGGUCCAAUUCGUGGCAGAGUCACACAUUAUUCUGGUACUAAAUGCGGCUAUCACCAUGGGGAUGGUUCUUCUAAAUGAAGCGGCAACAUCCAAGGGAGAUGUUGGAAAAAGACGGAUUAUUUGUCUCGUGGGAUUAGGACUGGUGGUCUUUUUCUUCAGCUUUUUACUUUCAAUAUUUCGUUCCAAGUACCACGGCUACCCUUACAGCACAGAAUUUUCUUUCUUUUUCAGCUUUUUAAUUAAGUGA